AGAAUAACAGGACAUUGAAUAUUCUAGUCACGUUUAUUAAAAGACUGUUUUCUAUUUGCGUUCGAUUCGAUCAGUAUUGAUCAGUAUUCGCAUCGAUAUUUGCAUUUAGGAAAGUGUGAGAAGGUUGCUAGGAUACCUUGCAGGGUUACUCGUUUAUUUAGUGUGUAAAAUGACGUCUGACUCGUGGUUAAAGAUAAUUCAGAAUGCCAGGAAAACUGCUGUUAUUGAGGAUGGAAAAAGGAAAGUUCAUUUUUUGAUGGAAGAUGGGAAAGAAAUGGUAGAAGAAUAUAGUACAGAUACAAAUGUAGUAGUACGACGAGCAUGGAAACAAAAAAAUGGUUUCGGUACGAACAUUGGAUGGAUGGUAGAAGUUGGAGAUCCUGAACUUAAACAAAAUAAUAUAGAAAUCUAUGGAAUAGAAGAAAGUUCAAAUACUCCUAUUAUUACAAGGAGAAUUACAAAAGCAUCCCUGGAAUGGCGAAUCAGGAAUUUGUCAUAUCCUGAAAGCGUAUAUUCUAUUACUGCGGAACAUGAUGGCACUAUGACUGUACGUACAAGUAACAAAAAAUAUUUCAAAAAGAUAAAGAUUCCAGAUCUUGAGAGGAUUGGAUUAAAGCCAGAACAGGAAAGAAUAUCAUUUCGGCAUCAAUAUAAUACUUUGAUUAUAACGUAUAAAAAGCCUCCUCAACUUCUCGACGUGGAAAAAAAAAUAUUAGCCGCAGUUUUGCAACUGAAGACAGACUCUAAGGACGUACAGUGUCCGACUAGUUAA